UCAAAAGGGCUUGAGCUUGGGGGCGCUGGCCACAGAGUCUUCCGGAUUUGAGGUGGAAGGUCUCCCUCUGGUCGCUCGGCAAUCGCUUUCUCCGGAGGUCUGACCGCUCGCGUAUCGGGAAGAAUGAGGUUUCAACUCGUGCUCGGAUCUUUGCUCCUGCUGUUCGUCGCCUACGGAGCCGGCUUGACAUGCUUCAACUGCAUCAUAUCUACCAGCAAAUGCAUCUCCGGUGCCAAGAAUUGCACUGGCGGCAAAGUCUGCUAUGAGAGGGUCGGCAAAAUUAAGUCCUACGCGGUGUACACGUCAGGAUGCAUUGAAAGAAGUAGCUGCAACAAGAACUUUCAGGAAAGCUUGUUCGGCGUUACAGUGUCACUGAACACCACGUGCUGCGAAAGAGACCUGUGUAACGGGGGCUCGGGUAUCAGAAUGCCUCUCCUGACUAGCGUGGCUCUGGCCAUCGGCUGGCUGGCUUACCUGGUGUAAAUCCGAGGCCUAACCCCCCACCCCACUCUCACUGGGGCUCUGCAACGCAAACACUUCGGACCUCAACUCUCUGGGCUUGCGGGACGCUGGGCGGCUUGGGUGGCGGGCGGGCGGGCGGGAUGUGGAAGUAGGAUUUGCCCACUCGAUGCUCGCGAGUUUAAGUUAUUCCUGCUUUCGAUUGGGAAAUAGUUAAGGGAAAGCUUCGGGGGGAAAAAAAAAGCUUCGCUCUUCCUGCGGCGCGCGCUUCGGCCUCCGACGCUUUGAGAGAGGCGCCGCCGCGCAAAUGCUACUUGUUGUCGUUGUUGUUGUGGUGAUCACGGAUUCGUGACGGGACUGUUCCGCGGCGACGGCCGAGGCCGUGUAAAUCUCUUACGGGUUCGCUGAAGUAGAAAUAGUAGCUGAAACAUCUGCCUCUGGCGAGAUUGACGAGCGCGACUCAAUCUAGUCAUUCCUUAGUAACUGUUACAUGACAUUGGUGUAAUGAAAUCACAGUGAGAAUAAAUGAGUCACUCGUCUGAGUGCUCCGAUACGGCAA